AUGUGUACCAGCUGCUAUUGCAACAAAGAAAUUCCUGAAUUUAUUCGAUCUCAUGAAAAUAGCAUAAUUUAUGAGCAUGAUACCUGUAAUAAAUGUUAUGAAAGAUGUAAAAAUAAAAAACAAAAGGAUUUAAACCCAAUAACAACAAAAAAAACCAAGCUUUUGAAAACUGAUCCGAUUAAAGACACCCCGAGCAAUAACUUGUCAGUUGGAAAUAGUGCUGAUAAUAAGAGAGAGGAUCUUGCAUCACAAAACAACUCAUCUAGCAAUAAAAAAGAUGAUCAAUAUGACUAUGACAAUGAUGAUAAUGGUCUCUUUUAUAGUAUAGAUGAGGUAGAAGAACAUAUUAAUACACAAUUUCAAAAUUUAGAAAAUAAUAAUAAACCUGUAAAAUUGGCUUUUGAAAUUGAACUAGACCAAGAACUUGCUGAGUACAUUACCUGUGAUCUUCAGUCAGAAACACUUGACUUAGAAGAAAUCAAGACUAAUUUCCAUCAACUUUCGAAGAUUAUUGUUGACCGUCAAUGGCAAAGAACCGAAGGGCAGCCAGUGAUAAGAAAGAGUGAAAUUCGAGCUCCAAUAGACCGAUAUGAUUGUAAAGGGA